AAUUAAAUGUCAAAAAAUAAUCCUUAUCUGUGUCGUUAUCGUUAUCUUUUACCUCUUUUUCUUUUUUGUGUUUGCCAGUGUUUGCUUUACAAUUAGCUGCAGGAAGAAGAAGUUUAAGAUAAUGACAGUAUAGCAAUUUACAAAUCGAGAAAAGAAAGUUAUUGUUACGUAUAAGAAUUUUUAUUUAAUUUCAAAAAAAAAAUGACAGAAGAAUAUUUAUCCGAUCGAUCAAGUUCGAUAAUAAUGGAAAAUCAGGUUUACUUGAACGAACCGGCGAUAAGAAAUCGAUCGAAGGGAUUUGUUUAUCAAGCCUCAAUUUUAAAUGACAGGAAUAAAUUAGCUUGGUUAUUGAAAUCUGUAACUUUUAUCGACUUGACAACUCUGGGAGGCGAUGACACCGCUUCUAAUGUCAAGGCACUUUGUUCCAAGGCCGUGAAUCCUAUAAAUCUUUCGUUUGAAUUCAUACCAAUUCAAACAGCGGCUGUUUGCGUUUAUCCGGCGAGAAUCGAAGAUGCAGUUUCUGCUUUGACAGAAUUAAAUGGACAAAAUGUUGCUGUCGCCAGUGUUGCAGCAGGAUUUCCCUCGGGACAAUAUCCAUUGGAAUCGCGUCUUCGGGAAAUUGAACUUGCAGUGAAAUCGGGAGCAAACGAGAUUGACAUUGUAAUUAAUAGGUCAUUAGUUCUAUCCCACAAUUGGAAUGAAUUAUUCAAUGAAUUGAGGGAAAUGAAAAGAGUUUGCGGUGCGGCGCAUAUGAAGACAAUUCUCGCCGUUGGUGAAUUGCCAACUUAUCAAGAUGUUUAUAAGGCAUCAAUGGUGGCAAUGAGAGCAGGCUCGGAUUUCAUUAAAACCUCAACUGGAAAGGAAACAGUGAAUGCAACAUUGCCAAUUGGAAUUGUCAUGUGUCGUGCAAUUCGUGAUUUUCAUCGAGAAACUGGUCGCAAGGUGGGAUUCAAACCUGCUGGAGGAAUAAAAACAGCGUCUCAAGCUCUUCAGUGGAUGAUUUUAAUUAAACAAGAAUUGGGUGACGAAUGGCUGGACAAUUCUUUGUUUCGAAUUGGAGCCUCGAGUCUAUUGGACGAUAUUGUUAAAAAUAUUAACAAUUUACUGAAAACACACGUUUUUUAAUAAAUUAAAUAUUCAGAUAAUUAUAAUAUUAUUUUUAUAAACGCAUUUUUUUAAGACACUUUUCUUGUAAAUACACUUUUUUGUUAUUAAAACACUGUUAUUGUAAAAACA